UUUGAAUAAAAAAAAGGAAAAAAAACUAUCGACGUUUUGUAGAAAUUGACAGAAAUUGUAUAAGUAACUUGCAAGUUGCAACUAAGCUAUAAAUACACCCGCCAUUGAUUUAAUUAUUCAGCUUCUCAGCAAAAAUCUCCGAUAUUUGUCCUUCAAGUUUUUCAUCAAUAUUUAUAAGCAUCAUUAGGUAUUCCCAUUGGAGUUGGAGGUAUUGGAUUCUUGAUAAGGAUUCUGGGUGUAGAAACUGUUCCUCGCCUCAGCAUCAGGAUUGAUGGCCACUUCUGAAGCAGUUCUGCAAGUUUUAGGUGGUUCACUACCUAGUCUUUUUGGAACUGAUAAUUCUUUUAGGAAAUUGAGAUCGUCACAUACCUCCAGAUCCUUCAUAAGAUUCAGAAAGAAGAGGGGUCCAAAGUAUGUGAAUUUUCUCAGCUGUUCAAACACAUCAUACCGUGCUAUUAGGGUAGAUCGCUUUCUGAGCACCAGACAAUCUUUGCAUGGAGAUAUUUCUCAUUCCUAUUUAAGAUCUGUGAACUGCAAAUGCCAGCAAACUGACAGUGCGAGUAGUUUUGCAUCAGAAAAGGGAAACGGGUCAUGGAUUGUUGACAAUGACCAGAGCUUCGAUACAAUUCAUGACAAUACACCAAGUGUUCUGCAGUUUGAGACGGUAAGAGACCUUAAAGUUGGAGAGGAGGACUUUCAAUCCAAUGGGAGCUUACCUCCAAAUGGCUCAGUAGAAGAUGCUUUGAAUAGAAUAGCUGGAAACUCCAUUGAAGAUGAGGCAUGGGAACUACUACGAGAGUCUAUGGUUUAUUACUGUGGUAGCCCUGUAGGAACAAUUGCUGCUAAGGACCCAACUAGUUCCACCGCCAAUGUUCUAAACUAUGAUCAGGUCUUUAUCCGUGACUUUAUACCUUCUGGUAUUGCUUUCCUGCUGAAAGGAGAGUAUGAGAUUGUUCGCAACUUCAUCCUUCACACUCUUCAGCUGCAGAGCUGGGAGAAAACUAUGGAUUGUCAUAGUCCUGGUCAAGGGCUGAUGCCUGCUAGUUUCAAAGUCCGGACAGUCCCAUUGGAUGGCGAUGACUCUGCAACAGAAGAGGUACUGGAUCCAGACUUUGGAGAGGCAGCAAUUGGCCGAGUUGCCCCAGUUGAUUCUGGACUAUGGUGGAUUAUUUUGUUACGUGCCUAUGGGAAGUCCUCUGGCGAUCUCUCGGUUCAGGAGAGAAUUGAUGUUCAGACUGGAAUAAAAAUGAUACUAAGACUAUGUCUUGCUGAUGGCUUUGAUAUGUUCCCAACAUUGUUGGUGACUGAUGGUUCAUGCAUGAUAGAUCGCCGUAUGGGAAUUCAUGGCCACCCUUUGGAGAUUCAGGCACUGUUUCAUUCAGCACUACUUUGUGCUCGAGAAAUGCUUACACCAGAGGAUGGAUCAGCUGACCUUAUCCGAGCAUUAAAUAAUCGUCUUGUUGCCUUAUCAUUUCAUAUUAGAGAAUACUAUUGGAUUGAUAUGAAAAAACUAAAUGAGAUUUACCGGUACCAGACAGAGGAGUACUCCUAUGAUGCAGUUAACAAGUUCAAUAUUUAUCCAGAUCAGAUUUCUCCUUGGCUGGUGGAAUGGAUGCCAAGUAAAGGAGGAUAUUUGAUUGGAAAUUUGCAACCUGCUCACAUGGAUUUUCGAUUCUUUUCUCUAGGAAACUUGUGGUCUAUAGUCUGCAGUCUUACAACAGAUGAUCAAUCACAUGCUAUAUUGGAUCUCAUUGAGUCCAAGUGGACAGAUCUGGUAGCUGAUAUGCCUUUUAAAAUAUGCUACCCUGCUCUUGAGGGUCAGGAGUGGAAGAUAAUUACAGGAUGUGAUCCCAAGAACACGCCUUGGUCCUAUCAUAAUGGAGGUGCCUGGCCAACUUUACUCUGGCAGCUGGCCGUUGCUAGUAUUAAGAUGAAUAGACCUGAGAUUGCUGCAAAAGCUGUUGAAGUUGCAGAGAAACGCUUAUCACGAGACAAGUGGCCAGAAUAUUAUGACACUAAAAAAGCAAGGUUCAUAGGGAAACAAGCUCGCCUUUUCCAGACUUGGUCAAUAGCUGGAUACCUCGUCGCCAAACUCCUCCUUGCCAAUCCAAGUGCAGCAAAGAUUCUCAUUAGUCAAGAAGACUCCGAACUUCUCAGCGCCUUCUCUUGUGCUAUCAGUUCCAAUCCCAGAAGGAAAAAGCGCGGUCCAAAAAGUUCCCAGAAGACCUACAUAGUGUGAGAUCACCCACAACUCCCACAAAUGAUUGGAUGUACAGUUGUUGAUUGACUUGUAUUGGUCAUAGUCAUUCUUACCUAUGAUUAUUCAUUGAGCCAGUCAAAGUAUAUGACAACUACAUAUAAUUGUUUUGCCUGGUGUUCACAAGCUGAAAUUCUAUUUAACAUUUCAGCUUAUAAUAUAAUGUUCUUUGCAGUCAAUAUUAAGAAGCUUUCAACUUCG